AUGCUAUACGAUGAAAUCGAACAGGAAAUAGAGAAGAUGCAGUCCAGCAACCCCAAAUUAAGAGAAGAAAGUAUAGAUAGUCUGCUAAGAAUCUCGCAGGGAAUAGGCAAGCCAUACACUGUGCAGUACCUGAUACCCUUUAUAAAGACAAUCCUAGAUACAAACGAAGAGGCAAAGAUACCUAUCCUCCAGCAAAUAGAAAAAAUAGUGAAAGAAGUCCUGAACGAAAUAAAGCCUGUGUACGUUCUGUACAGAGAAAUAUUCCUGACGCGAAGCGACCUCAUCAGAGAGCAGGCCAGCGCCUCCCUCAUCAGCUCUCUGAAUGUAAAGAAAAUAGAUUACGAAAUCUUCGGGAUAGAAGAGUUUAUUGUCUCUCUGGGAGAAAGCAGGUUCAUCAUGCACAGAAUAUCCGCAAUAACUGUGAUGCGCACGCUGAUAGGAGAGAUACCCGCAGGAACGGAGCUGAGAAAGCUGAAGAGCCUUUUCUCCCAGAUGCAGAAUGACCCCCUGCCAAUUGUCAGACGUAAGUCGAUCCUCUCCCCCGAGAUAAUACAAUACUUCUACACAGAGCAGGAGAUACAGAAGAUCAUAGAAAGAGUGCUGGAAGACACAGACGACACAGUCAGAAGCUGCUUCAUCUCUCCGCUGUUUUUACUGUCAAAAACAAAAGAUAACGGAUAUUUCAACCUGGAAAUCUUCAAAAAAGCGUCAAAAGACAACAGCUGGAAGGUACGCAGCAGCUCCACGAAGAUAAUUAAAGAAGUGGCCGUGUAUUUGUACGCGAUUAAAAGUACACACACGGGCAUAAGCAUCCUUGACUGCAUAGACAGGCUUGUGGAGGACAGAGAAGAAGCCGUGCGAAAAAGCAUCAUAGAAAGAGCCCCAGACAUCCUAGCAGAAGCUCCAGACACAAAGAACAAAAUUCUCUACAUCAUAGACAAGGCAUCGUGCGAUGUGUCCUCGGAGGUGAGAGAGAUUGUCCCGGAGGUGCUUUCAAAAAUCUCGGAAAUCAUAACAAAAGAAGACGUGGAGCUAUACAUAUCACCGAUAGUCAGAAGACUUCUAACGGACGAAGACCAAAAAACAAAAAUGGAAACAAUAGGAAAACUAAAAACCCUGUACAAUAAACUGGGAGCAGCAGCCAUCACAGACGCGCUCACCCCCGUAAUAAACGACCUUGAAAGCAGCAACUGGAGAACACGCACAGCAGUGCUAAAAAGCAUUUCGUCGCUCAGCAGACAAAUGGACAAGAUGUAUUUUCAAGAUUACCUUAAACAGCCAUUUUUCAAAAUGUUUAUCGACCCAAUAUGGAACGUAAGAAAAGAAGCCGCUGUUAUCUUGGGCGAGAUAUCUAUAAACUUUGGAGCCGCCUGGGUCUGUGGGGAUAUGCUGGAGUCUCUGGAAUUUCUGAAAGAAAGCAGCCACUACGCGCACAGGAUAUCCUAUGCUACAGCGAUAGGCAAAGUGCUGCAGACUCUUUGGCCAAGGAAGGUGCAGAAGAUGCUCGCGAAAGGCCUUCUGCAGCUCUCUCAAGAUCCCAUCCCGCAGGUAAGGAUGACCGUAGCAAAGAUGGUUAGCCAGGGAAUCCUGGAAGAGAAAAAAGAAAUUCUCCUGAGAAUGCAGACAGACAGCCACCCAGAGGUAAUCAGUGCUUCAAAAGUGUAA